AUGUUAAGUGGAACAAAUCUUUCUUUGUCUGACGAAGUUAAUCGUCAAUCAAGUGCAAUAGCAAAACGUCGUGAACAACUACGACGAUGGGAUGAAUCGGAAACAAAUCGUCAAUCUACAAAUAUCAAACUUUCUCAACGUGUCAAAUUUGAACAAGCUUAUAUUUUUUUAGCUGCAUGUUCAUCGGAAGAUCGAGAUGAAAUUGAUAAAUUAUUACAACGUGGUGUGGAUAUAAAUACAUCGAAUAUUGAUGGUUUAACAGCACUUCAUCAAACAUGUAUUGAUAAUAAUUUACAUAUGGUUGAAUAUUUGCUCAAUAAAAAUGCCGAUAUUAAUUGUCAAGAUAAUGAAGGAUGGACUCCUUUACAUGCAGCUGCAUCGUGUGGAAAUCUUGAUAUUGUUAAAUAUUUACUAUCUCGUGGUGCUAUUGUUGAUGUUUGUAAUAAUGAAGGUGAAUUAGCAAUUGAUAUAGCUGAAGGUGAUGAUAUAAUUGCAUAUUUGGAAGAAGAUAUGAGAAGGAAAGGUAUUGAUGAUCAACAAUCAAGAAAUUAUGAACAUCAAUUAAUGAUUAAACAUGCUCAAGAUUCACUUAAUAAUAAUAAGAAUGGUUUAAAAUCAACAGCAGAUGCUAUUGUUCAUUCAAGAACAGGUGCGACAGCAUUACAUGUUGCUGCUGCAAAAGGAUAUUUGGAUGUUAUCGAUCUUUUGAUACGUGCUGGUGCAAAUUUAAAUUCAGUUGAUAAUGAUGGUUGGACACCCUUACAUGCGGCUGCACAUUGGGAUAAACAUGAUAUUCUUAAAUAUCUUGUUGAAAGAAAUGCAAAUAUAGAUGCAAAAAAUUAUGCAGGACAAACACCACUUGAUGUUUGUGAUGGAGAAACACUUGAAUUAUUAAAAGAAUUAAAAGCAAAACAACCUCCUGUUAAGAAUGAACCAAAAGAUGUAAUAAAACGAACUUUACCAUCACCUGCAAUUGAUGAACAAAGAUCGAUUUUACGAUCUGAAUCACACAAUGAGAAUUUAGAUAAAAUACCUAAACCUGCUCAGCCCAGUAUAGAUGAGAAUUUAUCCAAUUGUUCACCUAAUCUUAAGGAGAAAUUAAAUAAUCUUCAAAGAUCAUUACAUGAUUUAAGUAAUCGUUAUUCAAGAACAAGUCAAGAUGAGUCGACACCAACAUCGAAUACAUUAUUAAAUUCAUUCAAUAAACAAAAUUCAUCUAGUCUAUCAAUUUUGAAUGGUUCUUUAUCUCGGUUUGGAACAAAAUAUUCAUUAUCAACAUCACAAAGAAUAUAUACAAAUCCAUUACAAUCAUUAACGACAAUAAAUUUAAAUAAUAAUGAUUCAUUCAAUCGUGAGAAUUCAACAAAUAAUGUAACUACCCCUUCUCAACCAUUGGAUACAAAAAUCAAUCGAAGCGUCAAUCAGACACAGCCAGAGGCAUUACCCAGAAGAUGGGGUACAACUGAUCGAACAGUAGGUGGUGAUAUACCAAAUAACACAGGUCCUUAUGUUCGUCGUCGAUCUGGUGCUGGUAUUAAUGAACCAACUCCAUCAGCUGCACCAUCGACAAUUGUUAGUGUAACAAGUUCUCUUCCUCCACCAACAACUAAUGUUACUGUAACAUCAUUUGAUGAUCCGACAGGUGGUAAACGUCGAUCAAAUCGUGAUGAUGAAGCUGAAGCACAACGUAAACAUCGUUCAGCUCAAGCACGACGAGAACGUCGAUCAACUCAAAGUGUAUCAGUUGAAGACAUAAAAGCAGCUGAACAACAAAUUAAAAAUCGACCGAAUGAAAUUCCAUCAAUAAAUAAUAAAAUUGGUGCACCAUCAACACCUUUAGCUAAUGAAAUUGAAACUGAACGUUUACAAAAAGUUAUUGAAGAGAAAAAAGAUAAAGCUCGUAAAGGAAGUGGAAAUGAAGAUACAAAUGAAAUUAAUACGGAUACAUCAUCACGUCGAUUAAAAUUAGACGAUGUUCCAACAGUAAUUGCAAAUGAUUCAUUAACUAUUGGUGAACCUCGACGACGAACAAAUCGUGUACAUACUCAAAGAAAAAAUACAGGAAAAAUUAUAUGGAAUGAUAAAACAAAAGAAGUUGAAAUUCUAGAUGAGACAACACCAAAACUAUCGAGUGAAGGUUCUGAUGAUCAACAAGCAGUAUUAACUGGUUCACGUGGUCUUGUAUCUCGUUUUGAAAAUAGUUCAAAAGAUUCAAAAUUAAAUCGUUCUCAAAGUCAAGAACCAUUAAAAAAAUCUUUAUCAAUGUCAAACUCAUUACCAACAAAUGGAAUUAAUUCAAUAAAAGAAAAUAAUGAUACAUCAGCGAUGAAAUUAUAUGAUGAUGCAAAAAGAAAAAUGGAAGAAUUAAAUCAAAAAAUUGAUCGAUAUGAAAGAGAUAUUAUAGAACGAGAUCAAAUCAUUGAAAAACUUAAAACAUCGCAAUAUAUUGAAUCAUCACUUGAUAAACGGGAGAAACGAGCUUAUGAACGAAAAAUUUCUGAAUUGGAAGAAGAUUUAAAGAAAAUGGAUUCAAUUAAAUCAGACAAUACACGUCUAAAAGAAGAAAAUGCUGCAUUAAUUCGUGUUAUUAGUAAACUCUCGAAAUGA